GGAAAACCACUAACGACUGUAGCCAUGGGAAUCAGCGACAACGACGUUCAGAAGCAGCUCCGCCACAUGAUGGCUUUCAUUGAGCAAGAGGCCAAUGAGAAGGCUGAGGAGAUCGAUGCUAAAGCCGAGGAAGAAUUCAACAUUGAGAAAGGACGUCUUGUUCAACAACAACGUCAAAAGAUUAUGGAAUUCUUCGAGAAGAAGGAGAAACAAGUCGAGCUUCAACGCAAAAUUCAAGCCUCCAACUCUCUCAACGCUGGACGUCUUCGUUGCUUGAAGGCUCGUGAAGACCACAUCGGAGCCGUACUCGACGAGGCUCGCUCGAAUCUCUCCCGUAUUUCCGGAGAUGCUGCUCGUUAUCCAGCUAUUUUGAAGGGACUUGUCAUGCAAGGACUUCUUCAAUUGCUCGAAAAGGAAGUCGUCCUUCGUUGCCGUGAGAAGGAUCUUCGUCUUGUUGAGCAACUUUUGCCAGAGUGCCUUGACGGACUUCAAAAGGAGUGGGGAAGCACCACCAAGGUCGUUCUCGAUAAACAAAACUUCUUGCCAUCGGAGUCUGCUGGAGGAGUUGAACUUUCUGCUCGUGCUGGAAAGAUCAAGGUGUCGUCUACUCUUGAAAGCCGUUUAGAGCUUAUUGCUAACCAGAUUGUCCCACAAGUCAGAACAGCUCUCUUCGGUCCAAAUCCAAACCGUUCUUUCUUCGACUAAAUAUUCAACUCGUGCUCUUCCUCCAGUUGACACCUCCAACAACGUCGCUUGUCCCAAAUUCCCUUCUUUCCGUCAAGUAGCUGAAAUUAUGUAUAUUCUUUCUAUUUUCUGACCCCUUUAACAAUUAAUUUUACCUAUUUCCCUAAAAUUCCCCGUAAUUUCAUCGCCCAACUACAUUCCAUGAUGUUAUUCUCGUCGAAUAUUAAUUUUGUGAUAGCCCAUUUCUAAAUCCCUCGCCCAGUUUUUUUUCGAGAAAAAAAUUCCAAAAAAGCAAUACUACCACAACAAAAUGAGUCACUGAAAUUCUUUUCAAAUGAUUUUCAGAUAUAUAAAUUUCUAUGAGCGAUGAUAGUUUUUCUUCAACCCUGCACUUGGUUUUCACUUACUAAAUGUUUUACAUGUAGAGCUGUGUUGUAGAUAAAAUAUUUU